UGGGAAGGAGUUGAGCAGGUGAAGCUCCUGUUACUCAGAUGGGGCUGUUGAACUGCUGGUGGAGUUUUUGACGCGUCGUUCGUUUUAAACGCCGAAUCGUCGAGACCAAAGUGUUUCUGCGAGGGCUGACGUAAGGCAGAGCCAUGUUGUCAGCGGAGGAGAUCCUGAGCAGCACACGGCAGGUGAUUGCAGGACUGGAGGCUCUGCGUGGGGAGAACCGCACACUUUUGGACGACCUACAGGAGACGCUGUUAAGACAGACAAGCAGUGACAGCAACAGUCUAGAGGAGGAGAAGACUAGCAUCAUUUUGCAGUCCCUGGACAGAAUCGAACUGGGAUUAGGGGAGGCACAGAUGAUGAUGGCUCUGUCGGCACACCUGGGUUCUCUGGAGGCAGAAAAGCAGAAACUGCAUGCUCAGGUGAGGCGGCUGUGCCAGGAGAACCAGUGGCUGCGUGAUGAGCUGGCUGGAGCUCAGCAGAAGCUGCAGGAGCGUGAACAGGAAGUGGUGACGCUGGAGGAACAGAACAAACACCUGCAUUUCAUGAGCAGCCUCCGCAAGUACGACCAGGAUGAACUGGCACUGGAGGGUAAAGAGAGUUCAUCAGCUAAAGAGUCCCUUGAUGAUCUCUUUCCCACUGAUGAAGAUGAGCAAACACAAAUAUCUCGAAACCGCAGCGCUGUAACGGCAGGGUAUGAGAUCCCUGCCAGACUUAGAACUCUACACAACCUGGUGAUUCAGUAUGCCUCUCAAGGCCGCUACGAAGUAGCCGUGCCCCUGUGCAAACAGGCUCUGGAAGACCUGGAGAAAACCUCUGGGCAUAGCCAUCCAGAUGUGGCCACUAUGCUGAAUAUCUUGGCUCUGGUGUACAGGGACCAGAACAAAUAUAAAGAGGCUGCGACACUGCUGAAUGAUGCAUUGACAAUACGUGAGAAGACACUAGGCAUGGACCACCCAGCAGUCGCAGCUACUCUGAAUAAUCUGGCUGUGCUCUAUGGUAAAAGAGGGAAGUAUAAAGAAGCAGAGCCUCUGUGCAAAAGAGCACUGGAGAUCAGGGAGAAGGUGUUGGGGAAAGACCACCCUGAUGUAGCAAAGCAGCUCAAUAAUCUGGCUCUGCUAUGCCAGAACCAGGGCAAGUAUCAGGAGGUAGAGGACUACUAUAAGAGAGCGCUGCAAAUUUACCAAAAUCGGCUGGGCCCAGAUGAUGCCAAUGUGGCCAAAACCAAAAAUAACCUGGCCUCAUGCUACCUCAAGCAAGGAAAGUACAGGCAAGCUGAAGCUCUCUAUAAAGAGAUCCUGACACGUGCUCAUGAGAAGGAGUUUGGAUCAGUGGAGGGAGAAGGAAGACCAGUUUGGUUUCACACUGCGGAGGGAAGCUCUAGACCGGAAAGUUUGAAGCGCAGUGGUUCUUUUACGAAGCUCCGAGAAUCUUUGAGGCGGAGCAGUGAAAAGCUGGUUAAGAAGCUUAAAGGGGCAGGAACACAAGAAACAGCACCUCGCAAUCCUGGAAUGAAAAGGGCAAAUUCCCUCAAUGUACUGAAUGUAGGAACAAGGGAGAGUCAGGACAUGAGGUUAAGGAAUAUCAACAGGCUUACAGACAGCCGUACUCUCAGCUCCAGCACUCAGAGUUUAGCGCGCCGGAGUUCUUUAAGUGGAGAAAGUUAAUCUGUUUCUAAGCCAAGUUCCUGCUCAUGUCUCCAUACAGCUGCAUGAAUCAAGUUUAUAACCGAGAAAGUAUUUAUCUCAAAUGAAGGUUAGGUGGACCACACUAAACUUACUCUAAAUAAAGAUUCCUCAGAGGGAACAGAUGGUGUAGACAACAUUGCAUAUGACAAAAUACAUGGAGAGUUUUUUUCUUUCUGACGCUGCAAGCCUGCUGCACUAUAAUAUUACUUUAUUAAAGUGUUUCUGAAGAGCUGUUUGAAUGAAUAUGGCACAUUUUAUGCUCUGCAUUCCAAAGUCAAAUUCCUAUUAAAACUAACUUGUAAACACUC